AUGUUCCGGUGUAUUUGUUUUCUUUUAUUUGUUCUAAAAUUUUGCUCUGCUCAACGAUUUGAUGCAGCACAAUAUCCGUUUCCACUAUCACUGGAACAGUCUAAACGAUGUAACAUGAGGUCGGCUUCACAUGUCUGUGAUCCAGAUCAGGUACUAUCUGAACCAGAUCGGUAUCGCCUAGAAAAUGAUCUGAAACAAAUUGGUUAUAAGUCGAAAGGCACUCAGGGUGCGACACAGUACUGUGAUACAAAAGGAGUUCAAGCAUUACUUGCCAUUUCUAGACAAGGACCACCAGAUGCUGCAGAUCAGCUAAGUUCCUUAUGGAAACAGGAUGAACAGUGCAAAAAAUCUAUAGUUUUCUUUUUUUCUGCUAACGAUCAUAAGUUAUAUUAUUCCGGAGCUGAACAUAGUGGACUUUCCCAGUCAGAUUUCAAUUCGAUUGUUGCAAAGUACCGAUCUGAAUUGGAUGCAAAUCAUAUUACAUCAGCACUGUCGGGUAUUUUUAAGGAAAUUGCUUCACGAGGCACCCAAGAUACCAGCGGUACUCCUACUCGUGGCGGUAAUUAUUCUAUUAUAUAUCUUCCUGAAUUUGUUAAAUUUUUGCUUCCAAAUUGUUAUGUUGAGUCAAUUAUCGAAUUAGUGUACAUAGUUGAUUAA